UAACAAUCAUUCAAAUUAACAAAAAUUUUUGUGUUGUAGUAUAUUUCACAGUUUUGGUAUAUUGAAUUGUAUCUAUUAUAGAGGAUUUAUUAAAAGAACAAAAUAUGAUAUGACAGCUUAGAAUAUCUUCAUUAUAAGUGAGUAUUGAGAAGUGGAACCAUAAUAAGUUCAAAGCCAUAAACCUCCCUGACUUAUGUCAAUAACAUAAAAACUGGUGCAGAGUGCAGUAUUUCAAUUAGCAAAUACAUGUUGGCAAUAUGUGGGAGGAGCCAAAGUAUGAUGUUGGAAAAGAGGAAAGAAAAGUUACUAAUAAUCUUAGUAAACUGAUUCAGGAUUUGCAGAAAUUUCCAUCUAAAAGGUCACGACUGAACACCGAGUCCCUCUGGAACCUAAUUGAUGAGCUGGAAUCACUAAAAUUAGAAAAUAAUUCUAAAUCAGUAAAAAAUAUACCAUAUAAUACAUACAGUAAAAGGUUGCUGAAUGUCAAUACUUCAAGUGAAAAAAUGAAAAUCAAUUGCGAACAGAGAUAUUGUACAACAUCAAAUCAAAAGUUUAGAAAUGGGAAGCCUGAGUGCAAGCAAUGUAAGACUAUUCCUUGCCCUGACAGAAACUCUAACCAAUUUCAGGAGAAAGACUUUAUCAAAACCAAAACUACCAAUACAUAUAUCUGCCUGUCAUGUAAAUCCAAAGGCGAUUGUUCAAAAAAGGUUGAAAUUAUAACCAAAAGUAAAGAGGUCAAAACAAACAGACAAGGCUUGAAAAACAACUUGGAUGGUAAAGUUGGUAGCAAUAGAUUGAAUAACUUAACUAAGCAGAACGAAAAACAGGGCACAAGUGCAAUACAAAACAAAAAAAACUCUCUAAAUAACUCAAUAAAGAAAUCCGAUGAAAAUAAAACUUUAAGUAAAAAGGGAAGAGAAAAUAUUGUCAAUUCAAAGGAAAAACAAUAUUGUAAUAAAUGUUCCACAAAAAACAAAAUAUUGGCUGGCAGGAAUGACACAAAAAUAAAUAAACAAAACAAAAAUAAAAUAAUUAAUUUGAAAUGCAAGUCUCACCAGUGUACACCGAAUCCUAAUACAGAUUUACAAAAAAUAAUUUUAGAUAAGGACAGUAUAGCCUUGGAUAGAUGCAGUGUAGUGAGAAAACUAACAAACUAUUGGAACAACCUACUAAAUAAUGAUAGUGGAGAGUGUAGUACUGGUGGCAUAUUGGAUAAAUCAGGAGAAAAACAGGGAAAUAUUCUAAAUGUUGAUCAUGUGGCGUACAGAGUUUGUGAUAUAAAUAAAAACAUCCGAGCAAUAGCAAAGUCAAGGCAUUUAUCAGAAUCAAACAUUAACAUAAUGAAACGAGUUGAUGAUUUGGAUUCCAAAAGAUUGUUUGGUGCAGUUCAGAGUUCAAUUCAUCAGCCUACUAAACUGCUUACUUCUAAACCUGAUUCUCUUGAAAUUGGAAAAGAGGAUACCGAUGAUACAAACACAAACAUUUGGGAGAACAAGGUGCAGGGAUGUAUAAAAGAAAUUGAUAAUUUGUUGCAAUUAUAUGAACCAGAGAUUAAAUGUGAACUAAAAAAUAUAUUGGAUACAUUAACAUCAUACUACAAUCAUAAUGAGUUAUCAGACAACAGUACUCUAUUUCAAUCGGUUUUCAAAAAGUUAUUAUUUAUAAUGGUUUCAAUUUUAAAAUCUCAAAGUAACUUGCACCUUCAAAAUCUCGAAAUGUAUAUUGAUGAAGUAGUCAAAGUAAUUUUACAGACUACAGACAAUGUGGACACUAAAAAUUGUAAAGUUUCAACAACAAUAGGGAGUAAACAAACAAAAGAAACGUUUGAUGGACACACCUUGUCAACAAUAAGCAACAAUAAGAAUAUGGAAAUAGACCACAUCUCCAAGAAUGAACUUGAAAGUGUCAAAAUUGUAAACGAUCACACGAUAGCAAAAUCUUUAGAAUUUAUCAGACAUAAGAAUGAUGAGUGUACAGAUGACUGUCAGUUACCAGAAAAAUAUAGCGCUUUUACACCGAUAACACCAAGAAUUGGUUUGACUCAAGUCCAAAAUGCAUUACGAUUCUACUUGAUUUGUAGGGAGAUGUUAUGGUCAGCAUAUAACUACCGAAACUCAUUCACAAACUGUCAUAAUCCACAGUUUAACUAUUUUUGCUAUGGUCAAACGGAGGAAUAUUUCUUCAUCUAUGAGGAAGAGAUCGUCUUUGAAGGAGAAAGUAUGAAUGAUGAUGAUGAUUCUCAGUUUGAUGCGGAAAGUGACUGUGGAGAAAAUAAUAUAGGGUUAUUAAGAUCUUCUGUAGUUUUGAUUGGAAAUCUUUUUGAACAUUUCAACCUGAACUCCCUUAACAUUAUUGUUGGAAUGAUUUGUAAAGCUUUAGUUUACAUUUUGAUUUGGAGGUUAUUCAUAAAGGAGAUAUUUUCUUAAGUUGACUGUCAUUCUCUCCUGGGACUUUUUGUAAAAAAAUAUUUAAUUACAUACUUGAUUAUAA